AUGGAGCCCCGGCCACCUGCCCCCGGGGGCAGAAGGGGGUGCCGGAGGAGGGCCCGGGAGUGGCUGAUCCCCCUCUGGCUCUGCGUGUGCGCUGCGGGGAGCUGCAGGGGACAGGUGUAUAAGCUCAGCCUGGCGGUGGACGAAGGGCUGCCCGCGGACACGCUGGUGGGGGACAUCAGCGCAGGGCUGCCCCCCGGCGAAGGGCACCCCGGCGGCUUCUUCCUCUCGGAAGGCAGCGGCGAGUCAGCCGUGUUGGCGGAUUUCCACGUGCACACGGACACGGGCAUCAUCCGCACGGCGCGGCUGCUGGACCGAGAGCGCCGGGCGCGCUACAGCUUCGUGGCGGCCACGCUGCGGGGGGAGAUGGUGCAGGUGGAGAUCAGGGUCAGCGACGUGAACGACCACGCGCCGCGCUUCCCGCGGGACUGGGUGCGCCUCAACAUCUCCGAGCUGAGCCCGCCCGGCAGCGCCUUCCGCUUGCCCGCUGCGCGCGAUCCCGACGCAGACAGCUUCGGCACGCAGGGCUACUCGCUGCUGCCGCUGGAUCAGGACCAGGAUCGGGAGAAAGGUCCGCUUUUCCAGCUGCGCUACGGGACCCCGCCGGAUACCCUGGACCUGGUGCUGCUGCGCCGCCUGGACCGGGAGCGGGCGGAGACGCACCGCCUGCUGGUCGAGGCUUGGGACGGCGGAAGCCCUCGUCGGAGCGGCCGCCUGCGCGUGGAGAUCCAGGUGGUGGACGAGAACGACAACGCGCCCGCCUUCGGGCAGAGCGAGUACCGCGCGCGCGUGCGGGAGGACGCGCCCGUGGGCAGCUCCGUGUGCCGCGUCUGGGCCAGCGACCCGGACCUGGGCGCCAACGGCGAGGUGCGCUACAGCCUGGCCCGCCGCCAGGGCGACCCCUCGGCCGCCUCCUUCUUCGAGGUGGACGAGCGCAGCGGGCUGCUGCGCCUGCGGCGCCCUCUGGACCGCGAGGCCCGCGCCCUCCACCGCCUGGCCGUGGAAGCCCGCGACGGCGGCGCCCAGCCCGAGCUGGCCACGGCCCUGGUGGCCGUCGAGGUGCUGGACGUGAACGACAACGCGCCCACCAUCCAGCUGCUCUACCUCACCGAGGGCGGCGCCAGCGUGUCCGAGGGCGCGCAGCCGGGAGACUACGUGGCCCGCGUGUCCGUCUCGGACCCGGACGAGCCGGGCGGCGUGGCGCUGAGCCUGCAGGGCGGCGGCGGCGCCUUCUCGCUGCGGCCUUCGGGCGGCGACGGCGGCGUCUUCUUCCUGUGCGUCGAGGGGCCCCUGGACCGCGAGAGGCGCGACGCCUACGAGCUCCGCCUGGUGGCCGUCGACUGGGGCGCGCCGCCCCUCUCCUCGCAGCGGGCGCUGCUCCUCCGCGUGGCCGACCUCAACGACCAGGCGCCCGCCUUCGCGCAGCCGCGCUACCGGGCCGCCGUCUCCGAGGCCGCCUCGCCGGGCACCGUGCUGCUGCGCCUCAGCGCCGCCGACGCCGACGAGCCGGGCUCGCGCAACGCCCAGGUGCGCUACGCGCUGGGCCCCCACCAGGCGCCCGCCGCGCUCUUCCAGCUCGACCCGCUCAGCGGCGCCCUCAGCCUCCGGGCGCCUCUGGACCACGAGCGCCAAGCGGCGCUGGAGCUGCUGGUGCUGGCCAGGGACCUAGGCGAGCCGCCGCUCUCCGCCUCGUGCGUCGUCAGCGUCGCCGUGGAGGAUGCCAACGACAACGAGCCCGUCUUCCAGCACCAGGUCUACAACGCCAGCCUGGCCGAGCACGCCCCGGCCGGCCACUGCCUCCUGCAGGUAACGGGGCGCAAGAAAGCGCGGCCGUGGCUCCUUGGUUGUUUGGAGGGGAAGGGCCUGAAGCCUGACAAGGUGCACCUGUUGAAAUUCCUUCCUCUGCAAAGGAAGAGGACCUGCUGGUAUAGGGCGGUAUGCAAAUUUAAUAAAUAAAUGAAAUACAUAAAGGCCCUAAAAGUCUUGCUCAGAUGCUGUGGAGAGUCCAGGGAUAGCAGCCUUUCUCUCCAUUGCAUCUGAGCAGCCUUUGCAAGGUUGAACUCCACAAAGGAAAUCUAGGGGCAGUUGUUCAUAAGCAGCCAGUUGGGGCCUCAAGCGGCAUGUGGUACCCAAUGCCAAUGGAGUUAUUUGGCAGCUUGGGAAGAAAAUUCCUCAGGGGCCCUGGCAAUACAAAAACCACAAUAAACAAAUACAGUGGUGCCUCGGGUUACAUACACUUCAGGUUACAGACUCCGCUAACCCAUAAAUAGUACCUCAGGUUAAGAACUUUGCUUCAGGAUGAGAACAGAAAUCGUGCUCCAGCAGCGCAGCAGCAGCAGGAGGCCCCAUUAGCUAAAAUGGUGCUUCAGGUUAAGAACAGUUUCAGGUUAAGAACGGACCUCCGCAACGAAUUAAGUACUUAACCUGAGGUACCACUGCAACUGUUUCUGGCCCUUUUAUUACACUCCAAAUCAGCCUCCUGAGGUGACGUUCUGCCUCAAUCUGCCUCUUGGCAGGGCUGGCCCGCCCUCGUCAUGUGCAGCAGCCAUUGCAGAGCAGAUUGCCCCUUUUGCAAUGGCAGCCCAAACUUACUUUGUCUGUGCAGGGAUAUGUGCAAAGUGUGAUCCUGUGUGUGGCAGCAGAGAAGCACAGCUGA